UGUGUGUGUGUGUGUGUGUAUUGGAACUGAUGAAGCCUACAAUUUGUUGUUAUACUUGAUCAUGCUGAACUGCUUUUCCAAAGCAGAUUCAGCAUUUCAUGGAAACUAAAAUCUCUGGAUAAGAAGUCAUGCCAAAGCUAAGAAGAAAGUCAAAAGCCAGUUCAGAUACCCAUAUUCUUGAAAAGUUUCUGCAAACCUAUGAAAAGCAUUGCACAGGAACCCAAAGUUGUAUCAGUACAACUAUCAAACAAGGUUUAAAGAAAUGCAUAGCAAAUGAAAUGCUUAUUACUAAGUUUGUGCUUGCCAAUGUUGAGACCUCACUGAGAAACCUGAAACCAGUUUCUCUUACUCCUUUGCUAAAGACUAUUCGAGAUGAACGGUAUCAGUUGGGAAAGGAGCUCUGUCUCUGGGGAAUUCAAUUACUACCUCAAGAUAUUGCAAACCUUGCAAUCUUGCUAGAACUGGAUGGACGUACCAUCUAUCCAUUUUCUAAAUUAGAAAUAAUUCAUACUGAACUAGACCUUUGGUCAAUGGAGAGACUGGGAAUGGCUCUGCCUUACAGCAACUUGAAUUCCCUUGUUUUGGAUUAUUCCAGAUGUGGAGAUAAUGGUGUAAAAAAACUUAUUUCUGGACUGGAAGGAAACACAAAGCUUUUAACUCUGAGUCUCUGUUACUGUGACUUAGGACCUGAAAGUGGGUCUACACUGGGAACUAUUGUAGCCCAAACUGCCAUUUGCAACCUGUACAUUAAUGGUAACAACUUGCAAUGUGUGGGUGCCACAAAACUCCUGAAACCAAUAACAGACUACGCAGAGAGCCUUGGACAAAAAAGGAGAGAAAAUGCCUUGGUGUACAGCAAUGACACUACUCACCAAAUUGCUGCAGUAGCAAACAAAGAUGCAGGCAUUCAUUCAAAAGUUGGCAGUCUGAAUGUUACUUCUAAAGCAGACAUGUUUACCACAUUGGAAAACACUAAGAAGAAAAAAAGAAAAGGGUUCAAGAAAAAAAGUAAGCAACCUGAUCCAGGCCCAUGGCUAGCAAAACUGCAUUUAGCUGAUAAUGCUAUUGAUAAAAGGUUAAAUCAAAUAGAAAAGAGCAUUAUGGAGUGUAUUCAACUUUUGAGUUGUCUAAUCAAGAAUUCUGAACAUCUAGUUGAAAUUGAUAUCAAUGGCAAUGCAAUAGGAGAACAAUGUGCAGUCAAGAUAUUGGAAGCUCUGAGGGACCGGAAGAAAGAAGAAAUGCCAGGCUUAAAGAUUAAGGUAACCCCUCAGAUUACAUCAGAAACCUUUCGGGAAAUUUUCAGGAGCUGCUCAAAACUUUCCCCAACUAAAAAAAGAAAGAAAAAGAAAACUAAGAGACUAUGAAGUUCACAUUUGCUUUCUGGAAAGGCUUGAUUCAAGGAAGUUAAUACACUCUAGCAAACUGCUUCUUCAUAUAAUGUCCUAAUUUUGUAAACUGUGUAUACAAACAGC